AUGACAUCAAAAUCAUCGUCUCAAGAACCGAUCCAUAGUGGUCAUUUUAUGACUUCGAAUCCGCAUAGUGACGAAUUGUUACCUGAUGAAGAGGUUGUUGGGGUUGUUGUUGAGGAUGAUGUUGAGCAUAUGCAAAACGAUGAGCAAAAAGUUCAAGAUUUACGCGAUUUGAAUGUUCAGGCAAGUUUUCUUAUGCUUAUAUCAUGUUUACAUAAUGAAUUUUGCGAAGAUUUUUGUGAUGAUGAAAAGCCAGUUACUUUUUACAAAUUCGGUCCAAAAAGGACGCAGUCAAUAGCGAUCGAUGUAUCUUUGAAUAAAUUGAACAAAUGCAUCAAAGUGGCUUAUAAUAAAAUGACCACACCGAAAUGGAAAGAUUUCAAAGGAUUACGAUUACAUUGGAAACAACGAAUACGUUUAAAUAAUGUUAUCUGGAGAGCUUACUAUAUGGAAUUUCGACGACCCGAUAAAGAUAAAUCAAAGAGAACGCCAUAUUGUUAUUUCACUGUACCAGACGAUGAUAUUACACAUGUUAAAAUCACGGGUACUAUUGUGGAAGGAAUGUACUGGAAGAGAAGUAUGGAUGCAUUGAAAGCUCAAUAUAAACGAUGGCGUCAUUUGAAAACGCGAAAAAGAGGACGACGCAGGGGUGUCAGUUGGAAUCAAGAGAUCAGUUUCGUCCCACAAUUAGCUGUAGAAAAUCCGAUGCCGAAAAACUCGUCUGCUGAGCACCAAGAUGCGGAUGAUUUAGAUAAUGAAUUCACUGAUACACUUUUUGCCAGUCUUAUGCAGCCGUAUACAUUUCCAAAUCCAAAAGAAAUAACACAAGGAUGUAAUGCUGAUGUGAUGCAACCUGGGCUGUUAUCAUUACAGCCAAGCAUCGAAGAAAUAAUGGCAUCUCUUGAUCCACCAGAGCAAUUGCUUAAUGAAAUUGGAAACUAUAACGCCUCAAACGUUUCCGCUACUUCACCAUGUACACCAAAAGAAUAUGAAACAACUUUCAGUACCCUUGCGAAUCCGAUCCAACAACCAACAAGACAGUCAUCCAGUAUAUCGCCACAAAUUCUUCUUGCUAAUUCACCUGCACCAACAUAUUCACAGGCAGCAUAUGAGAAUACACCUUUGAUUGCUACAAUGCCUUAUACAGCUGAUUCAUCUAGUUUGGAUUAUGUACCGCAAUUCCUUACAACCAGUAUGCAAUUUCCUUCAUCAGUUCUACCGAAUAGGACGUGGUGGAUAAAUUUCCCAUCUACUCCUACUCCAUCCUUGCUCAGUAAUCCUUCAACUCCAUCCGUUGUACACAGUCCAUCCAGUUCGAGUAUUGCUGUGAUAUCGUCUCUGUCGGUCAGCAGCCCGAUAACUGUUUCGCCAUUGUCGACCGUUGAAACACAUCUCAUCAAUAUUUCAUGUAAAGAUCCUUUAAAGGUUUUUCCUGCUUCAACUGAUACUUUAAAGUUCCAAACCGAAAGGUGGAGUGUUGCGGGGCCAAGUUCUUUAUCACCGCGUGGGAUUACUACUGACUCGAUGGAACAUGGAGUUUGGAAGCAGUUAUCACCAAACACAAAUGCCAGCUCAAAUUUACUUCUGGCGCCACAGCCUCUUUAUCCUCAAGAAGAGAGUCAAAUAUUGCCAAAAGUGAAUGCAGCAUCGUCACAUGAACGAAGUACUAUUCUCGCUUCUGGUACAACAUCGAUUAAACAGGAACAUGAGAAGGAUGAACGAGUCCAUCGUGCUCCAAAGAGCGUGGCAGCGGAUAGUACGAUUGAACCAGUGGAAAGGAAGCGUAUUCUGCAUUUAAAUGCUGAACAGAAUAGACGUUGUGCUUUGAAAGAUGGGUUUGAACAGUUGUUAAAUUCUUUGCCAAAUUUAUACGGCUGUGGUACAAAGCCAACAAAUGCUGUUGUUCUAACACGUGCAGCUGAACGUAUACGACAAUUGAAAGCUGAAAUUGCUCUUGAUGAAGAAAAAGCAAGACAACUGGAACAAAACAUACAGCGAUUAAAUGACAAAAUUGCAUCACUCCAAGCUUCUUUACCGUCUUCAUCGCGAACGACUACAAAUACAAUUAGUCAGAAAGCUGAAAUGGAACAGUUUCUGGAUCGGUAUACGAAAGAAAGAACGCGUCAGGAUUAUCGUUUUUGGAUUAUGGCCAAAAUGAUACAACCAUUGAUGGAGGCAUUGAUCGAAAGACUUAGUCAACUGCCAUCCGAUAGAGCUGUAGCGGAAACGAGUGAUUGGUUACAGACAAAUUUUCAACCAUCCACUGUAAGACCAAAUGCCUCGUCAAUGUUAGUACAUUUGGCAACACAAGCCGAUAUGUUGAACAAUCCGAAUGCACUUCAAGAAUAUAUUCAAAGAGAAUUGUCGCAGUAA